CGUUCACUGGUUAAUCACAAAAUUGUCCUCAUCAUGAAUUUAUGUAAACUUAUCAGAUGUAUGUCUGUUUCAAACAGCGGGGGUCAUGGAUUUCACAGCUCCACAGUAAUAGGGUUUGGAGUUUCUCAAGUUCACCAGGGCAUUCCGACCGUAUCAAAGUCCAAGAAACUUCUACUGAUGUCACAAGAACAGCUAACACGCCGGAAGAAAAAACUGGAAAAAGAGCUCAGGCGUUUGUCACGACAAACCAUUCGUGACCUACGACCAAUUGAGGAGCUGGAGACACCGCCACAACUGAAGAAGGACAUCAUGUCAGGGCGGCGGGAUCGUGCAAUAGACCCUCUGACCCCGGAACAACUGGAACAGGAAAUCCUCUUGGAAAAGGAAUGGUGUCGUCACAAGAUGGCUGAACACCUGGAGAACUGUCGCGCCUUCAACCGGCUCUGGAGGACCCAGGACAGAGCCUUACAAAUGCUGAGGGAGGAGUCAGAGGAGCUUUAUAUACAAGCUAAACAGCUUGACCCAAAACUUCUGGAGUACAGUUUGAAUGGACCGGUGAACACAAUGCCGAUCGAAGGCUACUUGGCUCAAGAUGGAAAAUAUAUCGAUCACACCGAUUACUUUGACGAUUUGGAAAAAUAUGAGGAAUUUGCUCAAAGCUUGUUAGACAAGAAGAAAAGAUAAAAGCUAAGAUCAAAUACAUGUACUUUUUUCGAAGAAAAGUCAAGAUAAUGUGAAAUUGUUUGUGUAAUCAUUGGUGGUGACUUUGUGAUAUCUUUUUUAACUUUGGUUAGAACUUAAAAACUCAGAGAUUCAAAUGACAUUUGAUACAUAUGUUACCAGUUACCGUAUUCAUAUGAGUUGUGUACCAUUUAAUAACUGUUUAGUUACGCCCAUGUAAAGACAACAACAGUUGAGCCUUUACACCCGCUUACAGUGCUCUUAUUGAGGUUUUUAGCUCGACUAUUCGAAGAAUAGGUGGGCUAUACUACUCGCCCCGGCGUCGGCGUCCGGUUAAAGUUUUAGGGCAAGUUGGGAUUUUCACUUAUAAGUCCAAUACCUUUCAUUCAAUUGAGUUAAUACUUCACACAGUUGUUCAGGGCCAUCAAAUGAUGAGGUUAGAUAACUCCAUAUUAUUCUUUACACAGAUUAUGGCCCCUGAUUGACUAUGAAACUCAGGUUAAAGUUUUAGGGCAGGUUGGGAUAUUUAUAAAUAACUUCUAUACCCUUUGUUCAAUUGACUUAAUACUUCACACAGUUGUUCAGGACCAUCACACAAUGAGGUUACAUAACUCCAUAUUAUCCUUAAUACAAGUUAUGGCCCCUGAUUGACUUAGGUUAAAGUUUUAGGGCAGGUUAAAGUUUUAGGGCAAGUUGGGAUGUUCACUUAAAACUCCAAUACCUUUCAUUCAAUUGAGUUAAUACUUCACACAGUUGUUCAGGGCCAUCACAUGAUGAGGUUAGAUAACUCCAUAUUAUUCUUUACACAGAUUAUGGCCCCUGAUUGACUAUGAAACUCAGGUUAAAGUUUGAGGGCAGGUUGGGAUAUUUAUAAAUAACUUUUAUACCCUUUGUUCAAUUGACUUAAUACUUCACACAGUUGUUCAGGACCAUAACACAAUGAGGUUACAUAACUCCAUAUUAUCCUUAAUACAAGUUAUGGCCCCUGAUUGACUUAGGUUAAAGUUUUAGGGCAAGUUGGGAUUUUCACUUAAAACUCCAAUACCAUUCAUUCAAUUGACUUAAUACUUCACACAGUUGUUCAGGGCCAUCACAUGAUGAGGUUAGAUAACUCCAUAUUAUCUUUUAUACAAAUUAUGGCACUUGAUUGACUAUUGGACUUAGGUUAAAGUUUUAGGGCAGGUUGGGAUAUUUAUUAAAUACUUCACACAAAAUUGUUCAGGACCAUCACCCAAUGAGGUUACAUAACUCCAUAUCCUUAAUACAAGUUAUGGCCCCUGAUUGACUUAGGUUAAAGUUUUAGGCAAGUAAAAGUUAAGGGCAAGUUGGGAUUUUAAUAAAAAAAACUUCUAUACCUUUCAUUCAAUGCACUUAAUAAAAUUCAAAAUUAUUUACAAUCAUCUUACAACAAGAAACAUAACUCCAUUUUAACCCUAAAUACAAAUUGUGUCCCUUGAAUAUAUAUAUAUAUAUUUUUUUUUCUUUUGACAGGCACAUUUUUACAUUCUUAACCAGUUUUUUACCAAGGGAAAACAAGGAGGGCUAUACUAUAUGGUCAUUGAUUUUUUAUUAUAAUUUUUUUUUUUUUUUAAUUUCUUUUGAAAGGCAUAUUUGUAUAUUUUUUACCACAUUUUCAUAAUGGGAAAUCAAUUUAUUUGAAUGACUUGCGUCAUUUUUCGGGUGGUGGGAGGGCAGCAUCAAAGUCACCGUAUGUAUUGAAUAAUUUUAGUUAGGUUUGACAUAAAUAGACCAAACUUGGUAUUAUUACAUUGUUAUUGUAUUCACUUCUAAGUCAAAGCGGCGAUGUCGAGCGCGCUGUCUUACGACGGCUCUUGUUAGAAUAGUUAUGAAGUUUCUCAUAAUUAAUGACCUUUAUGUGUAAUGUGUAAUCUUUAAUAAAAAAAUGAAAGUAUUUUUCAUCCCUAGGACUGCCAAAACAUUCUGUGUUAUUAUAAUUGUGUUUCAUCUUUGGUGGUGCAUAAAAGUUGCUACCUUGUAAUGUGUAUUUCCACUAUGGCAUACAUGCACUAGUGGGUAUUAUUAAGGUAUAUUCUGUUUGCAAAUACCUUAUGAAUGCAAUAAAUUUCAACUGUA